CAUUCGCAGUGAAGAUGGCGAACUGGUGUGUACGUGCGGUCAGACAGAGCUAUACUAUUAUAGCAUCCCCUACACUUGUAAGGGCUACCCCACGUCUCCUUUGUACAGCAGCACAACAGAAAAGUUCAGGGAUUGGAACUGAACAGGAGAAUGGGGCUCAGAAGCCAGAGCCCAGUGAGGCAGAAAAAGCCUUGACAGAAGAAAAGACACAACUGGAAGAACAGCUGAAAGAUGUUACGGAUAGAUACAAGCGGGCACUAGCAGACACAGAGAACCUUAGGCAACGGAGUCAAAAGAUGAUUGACGAUGCUAAACUAUAUGGAAUCCAGGGCUUCUGCAAAGAUCUGUUAGAAGUAGCAGACAUCUUGGAGAAGGCAACAGAAAGUGUACCUAAAUCAGAAGUAACGGCUGCAAAUCCUCACCUGAAAAAUCUAUAUGAUGGCCUUGUAAUGACUGAGGUGCAGAUCCGAAAGGUCUUCAGCAAACAUGGUCUUAUUAAGCUUAACCCUGAUGGUCAGAAAUUUGAUCCUUAUGAGCAUGAGGCUGUCUUUCAUGCACCUGUGGAUGGAAAGGAGCCAGGUACCAUAGCCAUGGUUACUAAAGUGGGCUACAAGCUGCAUGGGCGCACCCUGCGGCCAGCUCUGGUGGGUGUGGUCAAAGCCCCCUAACUGGUUAUAUACACAAUGUUUGUAAUAGGUUAUUGCCUGAAAAACAGAUCGGCUCUUGCAAGUUAGCUGGUCUAAGUUCCAUCUCUUUUGCUAAAGGUGCCUCUGAGAGGCAAAAUCUUAUGUAGUGAUAAUAUCGAUAUGGAGUAAUGUAUUGAUAAUUCUUAAUAAAAAUUUUUUUUUAAAAUAUUACUUGGGUAUAUUUUAAGAGCUUAGUAAGUGUGUGUGUGGUAGAGGAUACACUAAAUCUUUAAUUAGCUGCAUCAAUUUUCUUUCGGGGAUCAGCAUCAUUCCAGGGGCUCUUGAGAUUUAACAAGUCAAUGUACUGCAGCUUAUAACACAGUGUAUUAAACACAGUUACCCAUAUUUGCUCUUAAAAUAAAUACCAAAAUCAUUUACAGUUCAUCACCACCAUGUACCGUGUCAUUUAUGGAUGCAGUCAACAGAUUCCAGAUGUUUGUUUUCAGUGUUAUGCAGGUUUUUUAUAUCGACAAAAAUUGUGAAUAACUACUGACUGCCCUCAGGUCAAUAAUAAGAUUCUGGGAAGAUUUGAAGGGAGGAGGGCUGUCUUUGUAAUGCUGAUAGGCCUGUGCUUUAUAAAGUCAUAUGCAAAGCUGUUUGUAAUAUGAAUGCACUGAUGGUGAGCUGACAUAAAAAUAUGAACAUUAGAUUUUGAGGUAAAGCAUUUCUUUACACCUGUAUUCAGUUUAUCCAUCUGCAGAAGUAAACAGAAUCUGUCCAAUAAAGCUGUACCUCUUUUCAAAUAUAGUG